AUGGACAUGGAUUACGAAGGUCCUGAUGCUGAUUACCUUAUCGAUACGACAGAUAUAUAUGAACAAACAGUUUACGAGAAUAUCCGCGUUCAAAAUGAUGAAUGGGAAAUCAUCGAUGAAAGUGAAGCAGCUCCUUAUUUACCAGAUACAACUACGAAACGAAAAGUAACCAUUGGCCUACAAGAGAACAGAAAAGAAGUCCCCUUGUCUCGAUUUGAUUCCGUUCUGCUAGAUGACUACUUUGAACUGAGGAAGGGACAUUUAUUAAAUACAGGCGGAAGCAUUUGGGGUUUAGACUUUGUACCUAAAGGUCCUGCCGACAAAGACGAUAAAACAUCAUCCAUUCAGUACCUGGCAGUAGCAGGAUUGCGAGGAACAACAGAUCAAGAACAUUUCGGUCUCAACACAAUUCAGCCUACUGGCACGUAUAAGAACGCCAUUCAACUAUGGAGAUUAAAACUAUCCACGAAGCAAGCUCCUGAAAGGGCAAGGUUGGACAUGUGUUUGCUGCAUGAUUUUGGUGUUAUUUGUGAUUUGCGAUGGUGUCCUUAUGGUGUCUUUGAGGAUGAAAAUGUAAAGAGGAUCAAUAUAAAGACAGAAUAG